UUGGUUUUCAGGCAUCGGAGAGCGAAAAAAACAACAUGGAUUCCAUUUUUCACGAAAAGCAAGAGGGUUCCCUCUGUGCCCAACACUGCCUCAAUGCCUUACUGCAGGGACAUUACUUUACUGCUGUCGAUCUCGCUGAGAUAGCCCGUCAGCUUGAUGACACCGAAAGACAACAGAUGGCUGAGGGAGGAGUGGAUACUCUAGAGUACAAAAUGUUUGUACAGCAAGCCUCUUCCAACAUGGAUGACAGUGGCUUCUUUUCCAUACAAGUCAUAGAGGGGGCAUUGAGUGUCUGGGGAUUGGAAGCUAUACCUUACAGUAGUAGUAAUCCUGUAGCUUCAGAUGCAAGGACUGUCCCACAAAAUCAAAAGGCAUAUGUAUGCAACUUUAGAGAACAUUGGUUUUCUAUCCGGAAGUUAGGAAACCAAUGGUUUAACUUGAACUCGCUGCUCACAGGCCCUGAGCUGUUAUCCAAUACUUACCUGUCAAUAUUUCUAACCCAACUACAGCAAGAAGGUUAUUCCAUAUUUGUUGUUGUCGGUGCUGUGCCGGAGUGUGAAGCUGAUCAACUCCUGAAGAUGGUGCCUGCUGUUCAACCAGUCAAACCUAAACUCAUAUCACAGACUGUUACCGCAGGUGCUGGGGCCAGCACGAGCGCCAAAUCUGGGGCAGGUGUUUCUACUGAUGACCUCCAGAGGGCGCUGCAAGAAAGUCAACAUCUCAUGAGCAGCCAAGAGGAUGACGACCUCCAAGCUGCUAUUCGUUUGAGCAUGGAACAAGAAACAAGCGACGAUAAAACCUUUCAAAAAGUGACAAAAUUAAGUGCUGCAGCAGUCGCUGCGGAGGAGGAAAGGACUAUGAAUACUGCGCUGGACUUGAGUGUUCAGGAUCGAGGCAGGAAAGCUGAUGUUUCUGUGAUUGAUGGGGGAAGUGGUGUAAAUGAGAGUGAUGAUCUUAAAAGGGCAUUAGAUCUGAGUAGGCAGGGCAAACCUGCUGAAGACAAUGGUGCUAAACCACAAGUUAAUGUCUGUGAUGGUCAAAAAUGCAGUGCUGCCACUGAAGACUCUUCAAAUCUUAGCUUAGCUGAAUUACGAGCCAGACGGUUAGCGUUCCUAGAUAAGAAACCUGAUGGGGAGACUGCCAUGCAAACCAAAACUGCUGACACAGAGCCAGGUAGAUGAUGGAUACGAUUAUGACGAAAAAGAAAUGUUGCAGAAAGCCCUGGAGUUGUCCUUGGAAACCACAUGAUGAAGUUGCCCCUGGAAACAACCUGAUGAUGUUGUCCCAGGAAACCACAUGAUGAAGUUUUCCCUGGAAACAAUGUGAUGAAGUUGUCCCUGGAAACAACGUGAUGAUGGACGUCAGUAGUGCUUAAACUAAUCUAGAGUUGAAGUUAGGCUAGAGUCAGUUAUAUGUACAUGUUCCGUUUGCCAGAAUGGCAUUCUCUCACGUAACCAUUUGAUUACAGUUAUUUUGUAAUGGUUGCUCUCUUCACAUCUUAGUGCAAUCCAAGUACAAUUAAACAUGGCAAUAUUUGGUUUCCAGUAACGUACCCUGUUCUUAACUAGAGAGAUAUUAUGAUCAUCAUUGAGAGUUGUGAUGAUUCUCGUGGGUCUCCAACUCAUAAACUAACUUAAGGCGUGGUAAAAGAAUGUUGGUGGUUGUGCUGACGAAAUGAACUGUCGAUCAUGGCUUCAUAAGUUCAUUGGUGCUGCAGUUCUUCAAACUUUACUCCAAUGUCAUGGCUUGGGGAGUUGGGUGAUAGCAUGAAUAUAUAAGGCUCGCUUAUAUAUUUUUGGUGAUAGUUGUACAGCACAACUAAAGGCCUGAAAAAGGGAUGCCUUUGGAUUUGCGGUUUUGUUAAGGCCAAAAGACAUUCUGUACUGCAAUGGGUUAUUACUGUUCAUAGAUUAUGAAGACACCAAACUGUAGUUGUUUCCA